AUGCUAGAGUUAGUAGGAAGCGGAAGGAAGUUUUCUAACGCAAGGCUUAUAAAUUGCACGGAAAAUUCAAACGGACAAACUUUGCUCAAAGGAAACGAUGAGGACAACAACCAGCUGGAGGUUUCACACAAAGGACUGAGCAGUGAUCUACGGCCCCGACAACGACGAAACAGCACCACACAUUUUUUGAAUGUAAAUGAACGUUCUAAUGCUAUUCGGGCUGUCUUUCAUCGUUUCUUAUUUCUCGUAUGGUUCGCUGCACAUCUUGUAACUAUGGUGCAUGAAAAUGGGCUGCCUAAUGGUGAUGGUGAUCAUGAAGCUCCCAUGAAAUAUAUAUUAGUUACUGGUGGCGUUAUCAGUGGUGUAGGAAAAGGUAUCAUCUCGUCGAGUAUUGGCGUAUUGCUGAAAAACAAUGGUUACAAAGUCUCCGCGAUCAAAAUAGACCCCUACCUCAAUAUUGAUGCCGGUACUUUCUCUCCGUAUGAGCACGGCGAGGUGUUCGUUCUCGAUGACGGUGGAGAAGUCGAUCUGGACUUGGGUAAUUAUGAACGGUUUCUGAGUGUUAGAUUGACCAGAGACAACAACAUCACUACGGGGAAGAUGUUUCAGCAUGUUACUGAUCGCGAGCGACGUGGCGACUACUGCGGAAAGACAGUGCAGUUAAUUCCACAUUUUACGGAUGCAGUUAUUCAGUGGGUUGAGCGAGUGGCCAGGAUUCCCGUUGAUGGCACAUUGGAAAGGCCGGAUGUUUGCAUCAUUGAGCUCGGAGGCACCAUCGGCGAUAUUGAAGGAAUGUCUUACUUGGCAGCAUUUGAGAGAUUCCAAAGGCCAGCUCUUCGUAACAAUCUCAUGAAUGUGCAUGUUUCACUCGUUAUGCAUCCCAAUGCAACCGGUGAACCGAAGACCAAACCUAUGCAGAACUCCGUUCGACAUCUUCGCGCAGCAGGGCUCGUUCCGGAUUUGUUGAUCUGCCGGUCAAGUGAACCACUGCAGGAGCACCUCCGUCAGAAAAUUGCUGCUUUUGGGCUGGUGGAUAUAGAGCAGGUUAUUGGGGUACAUGAUGUUUCUAACAUUUAUAAAGUACCUCUACUACUACAAGAGCAGCAUGUGCUUGAAGCAAUCAUUUCUCGGCUACAUUUGAAACCUAUAAGUGAUGAAGUACGUCGCGAUCUCAAGUUUAACAUGUGCCACUGGACGCAUUUGAGUGAAUUGUGCGAUUCGUUCAAGGAAGAAGUCGUCAUUGCCUUGGUAGGGAAAUAUGUAAAGAUAAACGACGCUUAUGCUUCAGUCAACAAAGCACUUACUCAUGCUGCUAUCCAUAGUAAACGUGCCAUCAAAAUUAAGUAUGUGGACUCAGAGCUGUUGGAAGAGAAAUCUGAGGCGUCGAAGGAGAAGGCGGAUGCUGCUUGGGAGACAGUCAAGAGUGCACACGGAAUCAUCGUGCCUGGUGGUUUUGAUAAACGUGGCGUUGAGGGGAUGAUUAGGACCUGUCAGUAUGCAAGAGAGAAUAAUGUACCUUUUCUUGGGGUGUGUUUGGGAAUGCAGUGUGCAGCAAUAGAGGUGGCUAGGAAUCUGCUUGGUAUCAAAGCUGCCAAUUCCACAGAAUUCGAUAAGAAUUUGACAGAAGAUGAACAGGUGAUUAUUGACAUGCCAGAGCAUAAUGUUGAACACCGUGGAUUAGGUGGAACCAUGAGGCUUGGUCGGCGUACAAGUGUUUUCCUCACCGAAAAUUGCACACUGAGAAAGCUUUACGGUCGUGAUGAAAUAGAAGAACGUCAUAGACAUCGCUAUGAGGUGAAUCCACGGGUUGUUCCGGAUCUCAGCAAGAAAGGACUUCUGUUUGUUGGCAUGGGUGUGGACGAAACCACUUGUACAGUUUUUCACAAACAAUGUCGUACUCAGUCUAGCGCUGCUCUCAUGAAGUUGGCUGAAGAUCAUGCGCCAAAUGAGGAUCUCAUAUCAAAGAUAACUGAUUUAUGUCACCGUGGUGGUGACGGUGUCACUCGUCCUGCUCUCAGAAUGGAAAUGUGUGAAAUGAAAGAUCAUCCAUACUUCGUUGGAACGCAAUUUCAUCCUGAGUACUUGUCGCAUCCACUUCAACCUAGUCCGCCAUUCUUAGGACUGCUGUUGGCUGCCUCAGGGCAAUUAGAAGCUUAUAUAAGUGGGACAAAAACACCUACACCUAUGCUUUCCUUGAUGGAGAAGGAGUUCCCGUCGUUAUUGGAGAAGCAGCACCCCUCUUUAUUGGAGAAGCCGUCCAUGUCGUUAUGGAGAGGCAACUAUUAGAUUGUGAUUAGAAUUUGAUGGACAUCUCUCAUGGACAGAUUUCAUCGGCAGACUAUCGAAAUUCAUGGUUAGACUGUCUCGUAAUUGUUACUGUUUUCGUCGUUUUCAUUGUUUUGAUUGUCAUUUGCAUUUGUGCCAUGGUUAUUCACUUCGCUGUAGUAUAGCCGGAGUUACAUGGCACAUUUGGUGAACUUGUUAGGAUUACGUUGUUCCCUCCGUUAUUCACUUGUUAAUCUCUUCGGUGAGUUUCAGAGUGUAGAAAUCUACUUUAUUGCAUAUACUGUGUUGCAUUCACUCUCGGACUUUUUUCUUUCUUUUCCUUUUGUUUCUUGGCACACCGGAGAGUUCACUUUUGUGUUCUGACCACCUUAGCUGUCUUCUAAUUUUUAUUGCGAAUAAUUUUGCUCAUGUUUUCUAUAUUACCACAAAGCUCAUGAUGCGAGAUUCCUUGUAGUGACACUGUUAUUUGCUGUUGUUAUCCUAUAAACUAGAAAGUCUUCCUUAUCUUUUUUGUCAUUCAGUUGUUGACUCUGCCAUAUUUUUUUU